AUGAGUAGUAAGAAAAAGAAUAUUUCCAAGAAUGAUGAUGGUUAUGAUGAAGUGGGAUAUUUCUGUGGAUGGAUUAAAAAAAAGAAUUCUAAAAAUGUCAAUAUCGAAUAGAGCAGACUGUCGGUAAAUAAACAGACAAGAAACUCAUUAUAUAAAUCUGUACUAGACACCAGCAACCAUAAUUGCUCCUCAUAAUUGAACUAAUUAAAUUCGACUAACACUGAGACACAAAGGUAAAUUAGUGAUGCCUCGCCAUUUGUAAGCAAUUUUGUGGUCCCUAGUUUUGAGAAUAAUUAUCCAUAAAAUUAGCUAUUCUAACUUAAGAAUAAUUAAAAUGGGGACACCAUUUUUGCUAAAAUCACAUCAACAAAAAUCGAAGUGUCCAAGUCUAUGCUUAUCAACGAAGAUGUCUACAAUAGUCAAAGAAUUUCAGAUUAAAUCUCAAAAUAUAUUGCCACUCGAAUUAAAGACUAGAUUAAUUCAUUAGCAGAAUUAGGAUGUGGAGAUGGAGGAAACACUGUUCAAUUUGCCAAUUAUUUAGACUUUGUUAUUGCAAUUGAUAAAUCCACUGAAGCAUGUUUGAAAACUAGAAAAAACUGUGAUAAAGGCAAUUAAAAUCAAGAUUUCCCUAAUCCAAAAGUAGAAAUCAUAAAUUCGGAUAUCUUUAAAUUAAAACGGCGUUUGCCCUUUGAUAGUAUUUUCAUUAAUCCUACAAUCAAUUCAGAAUCUGCCUUUAUUUGUAGAGAUUUAUUAAAAGAUUGUCAACCUAAUUUGUAACAACUCUUAAUGACGAUUUCAGAUCAAAUUGAAAACUUAAUUAUCCAAUUUCCUGCUCAAAUCGAUUAUUCGCAAUUACCUCUCCUAUUAAAUAUAAAUCAAUAAUAUUAAAAUAACACUUAACAUAAAUAUUAAUCACUAGUAACAUAACAAAAAUAAUAAUCAUUUAUUGCUCAUUGUUCUUUAGAAAUUGAAAAAAUUUAUGUUAAUGGAGUGCACGUACAAAACAUUAUUUAUUAUGGCAAAAUUGCCAAUAUUUCCAGAGAGGAAUUACGAUCAAUCUUAACUACACAAUUAUAAAAUUAAGAAGUUAAACCAGAAGCAAUUUAGAAUGUUAUUACUAAAUUGAAAGAUAAAAUAGUUUAGGAAGCUUAGAAGUUGUUUAUGAAUUACUUCAAGCCUAAAGUUUUAAAAGUAGUUUGUGAUAAGUAUAAAUUAGACUAUUGUGAUUACGGGUUUAUUCUUUAUCAAAAGUUAUCAAAGGAAUUUUCAUAGAAUACAUUUAAUUAUCAAUAUAAAUUAAGAGAUUCGCAUAAUGAAUUACAAUAAUCUGAAUGCGCAUAUAGUCCCAAGUUCUCUUAUAAUUUGAAUGGAUUGCAAAUAGAUGACUCUGAUUCUUUAGAAGAGAAUGAGGAUAUUGAAGCACUGGGUUUAAGUUAGGAUAAUAAGUAAAAUAAAUUGAAAUGA